GCAGAUGGUGGAGUGUUUGUCAUCAUUUACCCUGUCCCCUGGGAAAUGUGGUGAUCUUUUGGGGGAAGGUGGCUGGUCAGAGUGGGGGAAGUGGCAGCUAUGUUCAGUCACAUGUGGCGAUGGAAUUAGAAAAAGGCGAAGAACAUGCUCUGAACCCAUUCCCCUAUGUGGGGGCUCCUGUAGCGGUGCAGAGGAAGAAAUCACACCUUGCUCCACUGAAAUUAUCUGUCCAAGUCUAGCUCAUGGUGGUUGGUCCAGUUGGGGAAGCUGGGGUCCAUGUCCAGUUACUUGUCUUUAUGAAGGACACAGUCCUCAAAAAGAACUUCGUAAAAGGACAUGCACCAACCCUACUCCAUCUACCGUUCCACGUGGCAAUCUCUGCGAGGGCUCCGAGACAGACAGCCGCCCUUGCAGUGGUCUACCAUUCUGCCCAGCUGAUGGAAACUGGGGCACUUGGGCAGGUCACACACCCUGCUCUGUGACAUGUGGAGUGGGUCAGCAGACUCAAAGACGGAUUUGUGAUUCUCCUAAACCAGCACAUGGUGGAAAACAGUGUCGAGGUGAAGAGCAACAAACUGGUAUCUGCAUCAUUCCUGUCAACUGUCCAUUAAAUGGGAUGUGGACCGAAUGGGGCAAGUGGAGUGAGUGUAAACCACCUUCCACUAGAAAUAUCAGAUGCAGAAACAGGGAGGGUAAACGAAAGAGAGAAAGGGACUGUGUUGAUAGAAAAUAUAAUGGAGACUUUUGUGAUGGAGCAUUUGUUCAACAUGGCAACUGCUAUGACAUCGAAGGCUGUGAAAUGAAAGGCGUCUUGUCAGAGUGGAGUGAGUGGAGUUAUUGCAAACCUGAUUGUGGGCCAAACUCUGCACAAAUAAGAGAAAUAAAGUGUGUUGCUGACAUCUCUUCAUAUAGCUCCCAAGACCACACUAUAUUUGCAGGGAAUCCACGUGUUAAAUGUGAUGGUUUGGAAGCACAAACACAGAGAAGACCAUGUAAAAAUGUUCCUGUGUGCAUGGAUAAGUAUGAAUGAGCACAGAGUGCAGAGAAGUUGUUGAAGACAAGAGUACCAGUUGCCGUACACAGUACCUCACCAGCAGUUGGAAGAACCUCAGCAUGCCAAGCUGUUCUCUUAUGAAAUAUGCUACUAACGAAAAAUACUUGAUUUGUCAGACUUUGUUAUAUGGACUGGACUGAUUGCUGAUUAAUGCACAAAUUUGUAAACUCUGCUUUGUUGCCACAAUAAAGUAUUAAAAUAAAGCAAUAUGUUAGAGUAUAUGGGAUAAAAAAAAAAACAAUGACGUUCACUAGGGGUAUUAUCUUACAGCUCUAUGCUACUUCCAUAUGCAUAUUCGUAUUACAAAUAAAAGGUAUAGAUACAGGAAAACUCCAGCGAGGCAGGACGAGUAAAAUACACACAAUUAG